AUGGCAGGUCCUAUAAUUCUCCCACUUGAUGUUCCAGUCGAGGAAGAGACAUCCCCAAAUUACGAUCCAAAGGGCUAUUAUCCAGUGGACCCGGGGCAACUCUUCAACAACAGAUAUGAGAUGAUAGCAAAACUUGGGUGGGGUUGCAGCUCGACCGUAUGGCUAGCUCGAGAUGUCAAACGUUGGUGGUGGCAGCCUGACCGAUAUGUGGCUGUAAAGGUCGGCACAUACAGAUAUGCCACUAGGAAUGCUGCAGAGCACGAGUUAAAUAUCUCUCGGCGUAUUUCCAAUCAAAAUCCGUCGCAUGAAGGCUUUCCUUACGUGAGGAGUAUCAUUGAUAGCUUCGAGGCAGUGGGACCAGAUGGCACCCAUGUAUGCUUAGUAUAUGAGCCUAUGAGAGAGCCUCUUUGGAUGUUUCAGCGACGGUGCAAAAAUGACAGGCUCACCAUUGAGCUUGUUAAAGGAUACUUGGGCCUUCUUUUAAGGGCCCUGGAUUAUCUCCACUCUGAGUGUCAUAUCGUACAUACAGAUCUCAAGCUAGACAAUAUCUUAGUCGGAUUUGAGGACCCAUCUGUGCUCCGCGACUUCGCUCAGGCACAGCCCACAUACCCAAUGCCUCGAAAAACCAGAGAUGGUCGAUCAAUAUACCUAUCACACAAUAAUUUUGGUCCCCUUCGAUCCUUCUACAUACUCCCAAAAGUUUCAGACUUCGGACUCGCACAGCCCGGAGAUGGUCCCCAACCAAUGGUUCACCCCAUUCAGCCUGAUCACUAUUGCGCUCCAGAAGUUAUUUUAGGUGCAGGAUGGUCCUAUAGCGCAGAUAUUUGGAACCUCGGCGUACUGAUUUGGAAUAUGAUGGAAAAUAAAGAAUUGUUUACUAAUAUUAGAUCCAACCAAGGUGAGUAUGAUUGCAAAGCACAUCUUGCGCAGAUGAUUGCACUGCUGGGGCCUCCACCGAAAGAGCUCCUUGACAGGGGAGGGCAGGGAGGCAAAUGGAACUGGGAACCUGAAAUGGAAAAUCCUGCCGGCGAGCUUUGUAAUAAUGCGAUGGAGUUUUAUAGAGGCCCCUAUUUCGACUCCGACGGUGUAUUCCUGCACAAAGACCUUAUUCCUGGCGACUUAAAUCUAGAGGGUACAGUGACUGCUCUCGAAGGCGACGAUAAAAAAGCCUUUUUCGACUUCAUCAGUAAGAUGCUUCAGUGGAUGCCGGAAGACAGGAAGACGGCUAAGGAGCUACUGGAACACCCGUGGCUACAAAUGCCCGAUGAGUGA